CUGAGAAGGCGUAAAUAUGUAUAUCAUUAUGAGAGUGUUAACGGAGGAAUUGAGAGAGCAAGGAGCGCAUCAACGGAUGGGAUUGAAAGCAGAUUCAGCAUACUUACAGUAAACAGUAAACUGGUGGACAGGAAGAACUUGAACAAGUAUUUGAAGAAGGUGAUGAGCAGGGAUUACACGAGGGAGGAGCUGAAGUACCUCCUGAAAUACGUGGUGAACAGCAUGGGAGGGUCCCUGGACGACGGAAACCUGCUGACAAUUUUAAUCAUGAUGUCGAAGCUGGAGCUAAGAGACGGCCUUUUGCUCGACUCAAUGCUGCCUCACCUUCACAAAAUGGACGACUUCAGUAAGAUCACAGAUUGUCUGCUCUACGGCAGCAUGAUGUUUGGAAGCAAUGAGGGCCUCAGGACGUUGGCAAUGAAGGUGGUACACGAUCUCCCGAAACACUCUAACUACGUCUCCUAUGGCUCCAUCGCGAAGUUGUGCGAGUCUUUGUGUCACCUGAAGCUGUACAGUGAGGGCUUUGGAAGUCUAAUAGCCUCAUUGGUUGACUCUGACGCCCUUUCCUCUAAUGAACUCGGCAUGGUUAAUUUUGCAUCCAUACUAAACUACCUGGCCAGGGCGGGAGUAGGCGAUGAGAAUGCCUGGAGGCUGUACAUGAGGUACUCCCUGGCCAAUUUGGUCGCCAGUAGCCACAAGACUGUGCUCAAGCUCCUGCAAUCAUGUGUCACCAGGAACGUGUACAAUAAGAGCCUGUUUAGAAAUUGCGGAGACUCACUGGCCAGGUGCAUUGACCGUAUGCACCCAAACGACGUUGCAGAUGCAUUUUAUUGUUUCUUCAAGAUUAACUUUAGACACGAUGGCUUGUUUGGGGGCAUCUUUAGUGUCGGGGAGAGGAUCGCCACCAACUUGGAUGGAAAGGCCUCGCUGAGGCUGCUGUCCGGCUACCACAUGUAUUUUUCAUCACCUUGUAGCGAUCCGCCGUUGUCGUCAGCGCUUUCAAGGGACAGUUCCACCAGCGACUCUCACAUAUUCAGAACAGUGUACCUUAUUUACAACAACAUCUCGACGUCCCUCAACGACCUCUGCUUCGAAGAGUUCCUCCUCCUCUUUAAGACUCUUGGGACUUUCAAGUUCAUAAACACCAGGAACUUGCAGGUUAGCGCUGUGAAAUUCACCUUGAACUCCUUUUUGAGGACGUCGGUUUCUGUUGGUCCUAAUGCCAGUAAAGUCGACCUAAUCAAGUCUCGCUAUUCUGAAAAGAGGUCCAUUGGCCUCAGUCAGCAGUCUUUCAUCAGGUCGCUGAUGCCUUAA